GGCGCCUAAGGCUACAGGAUACAAGUUUCCCUUUGCUGUCAUAUUUACGCAAGUUGUAUGGCGAAUAACAGCGACAUAAAUAAAACGAGUUCUUUCACAACAAUCACAAAUGAUAAUCCAGAACAAACUCCCAAAAGUCUCAAGGAUACGAUCAAAGCUAAAGUCAAUCGGAGAAAUCUGUCAGCCGCCCCUUUCUACUUGAAUGGUGCCAUCCAGAUCCAAAAUGCCAGUAAUGUGCAUUUGGGGAACAGUGUGUCUAUCGGAAACAAUUCAAACCAAGAAAUUCAGAUACCCUUGGAGUCAAAACCAGAUCUCACCCCAGAGAUGACAGCUUUAUUUGAAAAUGGAGAAGAGGUCACCAACCUUCACAGACUAGCUGUUGACAAACAUGUUGGCUCCGGUUGGAGAUUCCUUGGCAAAGAGCUUGCAGGAUUAUCUAAUGGGCAGAUGGACCAACUUGAAGAGCCUUUCAAAGCCAACCAAUAUCCUUUCAGAGAGGUAAUCUAUCAAAUGCUGCUAAUGUGGGAAGGUCAUUGUGACACCAGCCCAACUGUUGGGAUGUUGGCCACAGCAUUGUGGAAAUGUGAAAUGUACUCGGCAUUUAUGUCUCUUUUAGCUGAAGUCAAAGUAUGCCACAAGUAACAAGAGUGAUGAAUUUAACAACUGUGUUCACACAGUAAUGUCUCAUAACUUCCAAUUUAAAUGGCUUAGCUGUUAAUUUUUUUAUUACCUUGUUGACUGUUGGAUUUGUAUUAAUAAAAUCAUUAAUUUUUUUUUA